AUGCCGCUGUCCAAUCUCCCGGCGCUACUCCGCUCAAUCCUAUCACGCCCACGCCCAAAUCAACACCUCGCGAAUUUCAGUACCCUUAGAAAUCCAAAACCCGCCGGAUAUCCGCCGGAGAAACACACCGUCGUCACCUUCCUGGUCAAAUCAUGCGGUUUGUCGAUGGAGGACGCCAUUGCUGCUUCUAAGGGCGUGCAUUUCGACUCACACGUCAAGCCCAACGCCUUCAUGGAUCUUCUCAAGAACGAGGGUUUCACAAAACCCCAAAUCUCCAACAUCGUCAAGGCCUACCCUAGAUUUCUCGUUUCAAAAGCCGAAACCUACGUCUUGCCCAAGAUCAAAUUUUUCCUCCAGUCGUUCGCCGGCGUUCCAAAACAGGACGUGCUCGCCACUAUCUCGAAAUACCCUUCCUUCUUAGUGACAAGCUUGGAGUGCAAGCUAGCUCCCAACUUGGAAUACCUCAAGAAUCUAAUUGGGCCCGAAAAGGCUGCGGCCCUUUUCCAUUACGGGUCGCGGGCUUUGACGAGGUUCGACCUCAAGGACAGGGUCAUCCCGAACGUAGACUAUCUCCGAGAGAUUGGGGUAACCACUUCAUCGCUCUGGCUGGCGUUAAACCAGUGCCUAGGGAUUUUUUCUCUGAAACCCAACGAGUUAAAGAAAAUUGUGCAGGAAGUGAGGGGAAUGGGUUUCGAUCCCGAAAGAUCGGUAUUUGUGCUAGCUGUCCAUGCUCGCUCGGGAAAGACCUGUUUGGCCCUUUGGGAUCGGUGCUAUAACGUUUACGUAAAAUGGGGCUGGUCAAGGGAUGAAAUAAUGGCCGCGUUCUUGAGGCAUCCAAAUUGCUUGCUUUGUUCGGAGAAGAAGGUUAAUGCAGUGUUGGAGUUUGUGGUUCGUGAGUUGGGUCGGGAGGCGAGAUCGGUUGCUCAGUGCCCCGGUAUUAUCCUUUACAGUUUGGAGAAUAGGAUAGUUCCUAGAUGCAGGUUUGUUCGGGACUUGGCUUCAAAGGAUUUGGUUAAGAAAGAUUGGAACUUGAAUACUGUGCUUGGCCUUAGGGAGAGAGAUUUCAUGGAGAAGUAUGUGUCCCCGUUUGCUGAGGCGGCACCGGAGCUUUGUGAAAGGUAUGCAUCUAGGAAAGAACGGGACGGAGAACCCAAGGUUUUUGUGAAACUCAUGUCUUAG